UGUUCUGGUUCUUAUUCUGCUAGAGGUGCGCUGCGACUGCGAGGAGUAGACUAUGAAUUUUCAUGGAGAUAGUCGGAUUUCUGGGUUGUCUUCGGGUCGUCGAGUUUCUGUUAAAUCUGCGGCUUAUUUUCGACGAGGGUUGAUAUAGGAUGUCGGUCUGAGGAAUGGGAACAAAAGUACAGUGUAAGAGCUACUUGCCAGGAUAUUACUCCAUGAGGGACCUCAAUGAGGAUAACAACGGUAGCUGGCCUCUAUAUUAUGAAGACAAAACCUUGAAGAGUGGACAGUACUACAAUGGUUUCUUGCCAAGACCUUAUACGGAUGUAUAUCUGGGUUAUGAGAAGGAAAUGCUGAAGCAGACAAUGCUUAAGCAUGAAGCUAUAUUCCGGGGUCAGGUCUAUGAACUUCAUCGUAUUUAUAAGAUACAACGAGACUUGAUGGAUGAACUUAGAAGAAAGGAGGUCAACAAAUAUACUUUAUCUGUGGAGCCAUCACAAUCAAGUCUCUUUCCAUCUCAAAUGCCAUCAGAAGUUGUCCAGAAAAUGUGGCAAAACCCUACCAUUAGACCAUCUGUUUCAGGGACUGAAAACAUGCAAUCCACUUUCAGUUCUGUAAAGGAAAAGAACAAGCAAGUAGUAGGUCCUGUUCCAGCUCAAAAUGGAGGCAGUUCAAAUGAAUGCAAGCUCCCAAGAAAAAUGAUUGAUCUCCAACUUCCAGCCGAUGAGUAUAUCGAUAGUGAAGAAGGGGAACCGACUGAAGAAGAGAAACUUUCUAAUCACAGGGAUGCACCUGAGAGUGAUGUAAAGCUGUGUCUCGGCAAUGGUGGUAACCCCAAUCACACAGGAUGUAGUUUGAGAGAUGAUUCAUGUUUACGGAGCAGUCAUGGAUUGACUGACUUGAAUGAGCCCAUCCAGGUCGAUGAAGCAACAUCUUCGGCUUCCAUUGAUUUUUUGGGCCCUAUAACCAGCCAUGGGGAGGUUCAUAUUCGUGAGCUGCCUGGAAAACCAAAAUCAGGCAUCCUAGAGAUGCCAAAGGAAUUUUUCCAAAAUCCGCAGAAGGGAAGGGGUAAUGGUAUCUGCGCAAGCAUUCUACAUUUAGAGAGUGAAGGAAACAAACCAGAAUGGCUAUCCUAUAAUCCUGAAGCUGGGCUAAGUAGAAGUAAUUCAAGUUCUUUACCUCAGAGUUUCGGUCCAAAAAAAUUGCCCUUGGUUUCUGAGCCAGUACAAGUUGACCUUAAGAGAUCUUAUGAAAUUCCAGCAUUUCUCCGCUCUGAUCAGAUUUCAAGAGAGCCAUGGAAAGAAAUGGCAAAUUGUAGUGCAGAAAUCUCUGAAAGAAAUACUACUACUGCUAAUAACUAUCCUGGAUCAGUGGUGGCUUGUCAUGUUCCUUGUCAAUAUCCAACCAUCCAUCAGUUUGAUAUGUCUCAACCACCAUCAAUUUCGUCUUGUAGAAAGCCGGUGAGUAGUCUGAGCCAGAAUGCUGUAGCAGUUCAAGCACUUCCAUGCAUUGACCCAUCUGCUUCAUCAAGUAGGAGUUCCAAUGUGUCUAUCCAAGGCUAUGGGAUCUUCGGAGAUAAAUGGAGUCUCGACAGAAAUUUGAGAUUGAACCCUAGUUUUGGAAGUGAAGUGUCACACUGUAACGGCUUUUACCAGGGAUCCCAGUUGGAGUCCAAACAGGUUAAGUUCUCUAAGGCUGGCUUUGAUAAUCUGAACUGUGGUGAUGGCAAUACUUCAGCCACUAAAUAUUCAGAAAACCAUUCUGCAUUGAAGUAUUUUAAGGGUUCAGAAUGCAUGGAUGUGAAGUCCACAAAGGAUAUGAACCUGAAUGUGGCACUUCCAAUUGGCCUCCAAGAUGGGGUGGUUCCCCAACAAAAUCUUUCCAUUGAUGGAGGGGGAAAACAUGAGGAUCAACCUAGGGGCUUGCCUUGGCUCAGAGCAAAACCAGCUAGUAAUGAUGGGCCUGCCAGAGGAAAGGGAAGUUCAUCUCAUUUGAGAUUGGGUUUCUUAGAAGAAUCUUCCAUGCAGUCUCUGAACAAAAGUGAAACUAGAAGCAGUCCUGCUCUAAGUUUUAUUCAGAAUCUCAUGUCAGCUUCAUGUCACCAUGAUGCUGGGCCUAAGAAGACUGAGCCCGAAGGCUGUUCAAGUGAUAAGAAGAUCGUUGGGCUUCCCAUUUUUGACAAGGUUCACAUUUCCCACAACCAUUCUUCUUUUUUAAGCUCCCCUGCCAAGUUCCGUCAUGAUGCGUCUGAGGUUGAAGACACUGACAAUAGUGGGAAGUUGGGAGUGGUUCAUAUUGAUUUGUCUCUUGAUCCUAGAUUCCAAGACUCAGGAGAGAAGUCAACCACAGAGGAUGAGAUUGUCAAGAAGGGACUCGAUAACAACCGCACUAGCUCUAGGAAUCACAUUAAUUUGAACACUUGUACAAAUGUAGAAGAGAUUCUAUUGGAGUCUUCUGUUCCAAGAGACAAAAUGAAAAUUGCAGUUGAGAUAGAUUUGGAGGCCCCUCCGAUUCUUGAUACCGAGGAGAUUCCUCCUACGAGAGACGACUGUAUAGGAGACCAACCUGAGGAACUUGUCCAGUCAUCACAUCAUGAAGCUGGAGAGCAUCAUGAAGAACUUGCCAGGAUAGCUGCAGAGAGUAUACUCUCCAUCUCAUCAGCUACUGUUCGAGUGCAGUUGGAGCCAUCCAAUUGUCAACCACCAGAACCUUCUCUUGGAGACUCCUUGUAUUGGUUUGCAGAGGUUGUUACUUCAAACAUGGGUGACCUUGAGAGUAAGGUUAGGGUAACUUCAAGGGUUGAGGGUGGUUGCGAUCAUGAGGGGUCAUUUUCUGAGGGGGUUGAUUAUUUCGAGUCCAUGACAUUGCAGCUGAUAGAAACCAAGGUGGAAGAGUACUGGUGUAGGCCUCAGGCUCCAGAGAAUCUGAAGGAGGAAACAGUUGCAAUUUCAAAGCCGAAUCGACCUCGUAAGGGCCAUGGGAGGAGGGGAAGGCAGCGAAGGGACUUUCAAAGGGACAUCCUACCAGGUCUUGCUUCUCUCUCAAGGCAUGAAGUGACAGAAGAUCUCCAAACAAUUGGAGGACUGAUGCGAGCUACAGGUCGGCCUUGGGAGACAGGGUUGGCAAGGAGGAAUGCUGCUAGAAAUGGAUGGGCAAGAGGGAGACGGCGUUCGAGGGGCCCUAGUCUCACAGUGGAAGCAACCAAUGUCUGCCUACCUCCAGUGCAACCACCCAUUAAUAGUGAAGUAGGGCUGGAUGAAAGGAACCUAACAGGGUGGGGGAAGACACCUAGACGACCCCGGCGACAGCGAUGUCCAGCUGGUAAUCCUCCUCCUAUUCCUUCUUUAACCAUAGUAUAGAAAGAGGCCUCGCUUUGUGAUUUGAUAAUCUUAUAGAGGAUAUUGAGUUGAGAAUCGGCAGUUGUUUCUUUGGCUUUUGAGGGAGGGGGGGGGGGGGGGGGAGGGGGGAUUGCUUCCUUGUACAUGUCUUGAGCCCAAAUUUGGGGUGCCAUCGUUUAUUUGUGUUCGAGUCUACAAACUUGUAUAAUUCAGAAAUAAUGUUGCAGUAUUCUUCUAAGAUAUGCAUACCUUCUCCA